AUCACUGUCCAUCACUACACAUCACUACAUAUCACUACACAUCACUACACAUCACUACAUAUCACUACAUAUCACUACAUAUCACUACACAUCACUACAUAUUACUACAGAUUACUACUCAUCACUACCCAUCACUACACAUCACUACCCAUCACUAUCCAUCACUACCCAUCACUACACAUCACUACCCAUCACUAUCCAUCACUACCCAUCACUACACAUCACUACCCAUCACUAUCCAUCACUACACAUCACUAUCCAUCACUACACAUCACUACACAUCACUACCCAUCACUAUCCAUCACUACCCAUCACUAUCCAUCACUACCCAUCACUACCCAUCACUACACAUCACUAUCCAUCACUACACAUCACUAUCCAUCACUACAUAUCACUACCCAUCACUAUCCAUCAUUACCCAUCACUAUCCAUCACUACCCAUCACUACCCAUCACUACACAUCACUAUCCAUCACUACACAUCACCACCCAUCACUAUCCAUCACUAUCCAUCACUAUCCAUCACUACACAUCACUAUCCAUCACCACACAUUACUGUCCAUCACUUCACAUCACUGUCCAUUACUACACAUCACUGUCCAUCACUACACAUCACUUUCCAUCACUACACAUCACCACCCAUCACUAUCCAUCACUAUCCAUCAGUACCCAUCACUACACAUAUCUACCCAUCACUAUCCAUCACUACACAUCACUACCCAUCACUAUUCAUCACUACACAUCACCACCCAUCACUAUCCAUCACUAUCCAUCAGUACCCAUCACUACACAUAUCUAUUCAUCACUAUCCAUCACUACACAUCACUACCCAUCACUACACAUCACUAUCCAUCACUAUCCAUCACUACACAUCACCACCCAUCACUAUCCAUCACUAUCCAUCAGUACCCAUCACUACACAUAACUACCCAUCACUAUCCAUCACUACCCAUCACUACCCAUCACUACACAUCACUAUCCAUCACUAUCCAUCACUACACAUCACUACCCAUCACUAUCCAUCACUACCCAUCACUACACAUCACUACCCAUCACUAUCCAUCACUACCCAUCACUACCCAUCACUACCCAUCACUAUCCAUCACUACACAUCACUAUCCAUCACUACCCAUCACUACCCAUCACUACCCAUCACUACCCAUCACUACCCAUCACUAUCCAUCACUACCCAUCACUACACAUCACUAUCCAUCACUGCCCAUCAC